CCUGGGUGGAGUUAGCGCCGCCACUGCUGAGAGCGGAUAAGGAGGGGAACUCGGGAAAAAAAAUCGCCAUCUGGCUGUUCCCCUCGCUAUAAACGCUAUUAUCUCGGGGAAAUUCAAACACCAUCAACACAUUUGGAUCAUAAAAACCGGGCCACGGCAGCGGGAAGGACCGUAUUUGUUCAGAAGUGACUUGGGUGGAGGAGCAGAGAAGCAAACAUGGUGGCCCUGUCCCUGAAGAUCAGUGUGGGCAACGUGGUGAAGACCAUGCAGUUUGAGCCCUCCACCAUGGUGUACGACGCCUGUCGGAUCAUCAGAGAGAGAGUCCCUGAGGCGCAGCUCGGCCAGCCAAAUGACUAUGGCCUAUUUCUGUCUGACGAAGAUCCAAAGAAAGGCAUUUGGCUGGAGGCUGGAAAGGCCCUUGAUUACUACAUGUUGAGGAAUGGCGAUACCCUAGAAUACAAGAAAAAGCAGAGACCCCUGAAGAUUCGUAUGUUGGAUGGCACAGUGAAGACCGUGAUGGUAGAUGACUCCAAAAUUGUCAGUGACAUGCUCAUGACCAUCUGUGCACGAAUAGGAAUUACAAACUAUGAUGAGUAUUCACUGGUGCGUGAUAUUGGUGAGGAGAAGAAAGAGGAGAAUACUGGUACCCUUAAAAGAGACAAGACCUUACUACGAGAUGACAAGAAGAUGGAAAAACUAAAACAAAAACUACAUACAGAUGAUGAAUUGAACUGGUUGGACCAUGGAAGAACACUGAGGGAACAAGGUGUAGAGGAAACUGAGAUGCUGCUUCUCAGGAGAAAAUUUUUUUAUUCAGACCAGAAUGUGGAUUCCCGAGAUCCAGUGCAGCUCAACCUGCUCUAUGUCCAGGCUCGAGAUGACAUUCUCAACGGUUCUCAUCCUGUCUCCUUUGACAAAGCCUGUGAAUUCGCUGGUUAUCAGUGUCAGAUCCAGUUUGGGGACCACAAUGAGUCUAAACACAAAUCCGGGUUCUUAGAUUUAAAAGAAUUCCUACCCAAAGAGUACAUCAAGAACAAAGGAGAGAAAAAGAUCUUUCAGGCACAUAAAAACUGCCAGAAUAUGACAGAAAUUGAAGCCAAAGUCAGUUAUGUGAAGCUGGCCAGGUCCCUAAAAACAUAUGGAGUGUCUUUCUUUUUGGUCAAGGAAAAAAUGAAAGGAAAGAACAAGCUUGUUCCUCGCCUGCUGGGCAUCACAAAAGAGAGUGUGAUGAGAGUGGACGAGAAGACCAAAGAGGUGAUACAGGAGUGGAACUUGACUAAUAUCAAACGCUGGGCUGCGUCACCUAAAAGUUUUACUUUGGACUUUGGAGACUAUCAGGAUGGAUAUUAUUCUGUCCAAACCACUGAGGGAGAACAGAUAGCCCAGCUUAUUGCUGGAUAUAUUGAUAUCAUCCUGAAAAAGAAAAAAAGUAAAGAUCACUUUGGGUUGGAGGGAGAUGAAGAAUCAACUAUGUUGGAAGAUUCAGUGUCACCUAAAAAAUCUACAGUGUUGCAGCAGCAAUUCAACAAAGUUGGAAAAGUAGAGACAGGUUCUGUUGCGUUGCCGGCGAUCAUGCGCUCUGGAGCUGGGGGUCCAGAGAGCUUCCAGAUGGGCUCCAUGCCACAGGCCAAACAACAUAUCACCAGUGGACAGAUGCACAGGGGACACAUGCCCCCUCUGACAUCAGCUCAACAAGCCUUAACCGGAACGAUCAACUCCAGUAUGCAUGCAGUCCAGGCUGCCCAGGCCUCCCUGGAUGAUUUUGACACCUUGCCUCCAUUAGGGACAGAUGCUGCAUCUCAAGCUUGGCGAAAAAACAAAAUGGAUGAAUCAAAACACGAAAUCCACUCCCAGGUGGAUGCCAUCACAGCAGGCACUGCCUCUAUGGUUAACCUCACUGCAGGGGACCCCUCUGAAACAGACUACACUGCAGUGGGCUGCGCUGUUACCACAAUUUCCUCAAAUCUAACGGAAAUGUCUAAGGGAGUUAAACUGUUAGCUGCCCUAAUGGAGGAUGAAGGAGGAAAUGGGCAGCAGCUGCUGGGUGCUGCUAAAAACCUGGCCUGUGCAGUAUCUGAUAUGCUUAAGACUGCCCAGCCUGCCAACACAGAGCCUCGACAGAAUCUGCUGCAGGCAGCUGGAAACGUGGGUCAGGCCAGUGGAGAGCUAUUGUCACACAUUGGAGAAACAGACACUGAUCCACAGUUCCAGGACAUGUUGAUGCAGUUGGCUAAAGCUGUAGCUAAUGCUGCUGCAGCUCUUGUGCUCAAAGCUAAAAAUGUUGCCCAGAAGACGGAGGACUCAGCCCAACAGAACCGGGUCAUUGCUGCAGCCACACAGUGUGCCUUAUCCACGUCUCAGCUUGUGGCCUGCACCAGGGUUGUUGCACCUACAAUCAGUUCACCGGUGUGUCAGGAACAGCUGAUUGAGGCAGGCAAACUGGUGGCCAAAUCUGUGGAGGGCUGCGUUGAUGCCUCACAAGGAGCCACCAGCGAUGAGGGUCUGCUCAAACAAGUAGGUGCAGCGGCCACAGGUGUGACUCAUGCACUCAAUGACCUGCUGCAGCACAUCAAACAGUAUGCCAGUGGAGGGCACCCCAUCGGGCGCCAUGGAGAAGCUACAGACCGCAUCCUAGAUGUCACUGAAAAUAUUUUCAGCUCGAUGGGUGAUGCGGGUGAAAUGGUUCGACAGGCUCGGAUCCUUGCCCAGGCCACUUCUGAUUUGGUUAAUGCUAUCAAAAUGGAUGCGGAAGGAGAGUCUGAUCUGGAGAACUCUCGCAAGCUCCUUUCGGCCGCCAAGCUACUGGCUGAUGCCACUGCAAAGAUGGUGGAAGCUGCUAAGGGUGCGGCAGCAAACCCAGACAGUGAAGAACAGCAGCAGAAGUUACGAGAGGCAGCAGAAGGGCUCCGCAUGGCAACCAACGCUGCAGCACAGAAUGCCAUCAAGAAACGUUUGAUUAACAAACUUGAGAAUGCAGCAAAACAAGCAGCUGCAGCAGCCACUCAGACAAUUGCUGCUGCUCAGCACGCUGCCUCCUCCAACAAGAACCUGGCAGCCCAACAGCAACUUGUUCAAAGUUGCAAGGUAGUGGCAGAGCAAAUCCCUCAACUGGUCCAGGGUGUUCGAGGCAGCCAGUCUCAGCCUGAUAGUCCCAGUGCUCAACUUGCUCUUAUCAGUGCCAGCCAAAACUUUCUACAGCCUGGUGCCAAAAUGGUUACCGCAUCAAAAGCUACUGUUCCCACCAUCAGCGAUCAGGCUUCUGCCAUGCAGCUGAGCCAGUGUGCCAAGAACUUGGCAAGUGCUCUUGCUGAGCUGCGGACUGCCUCCCAGAAGGCACAAGAAGCAUGUGGUCCACUAGAGAUAGAUAAUGCUUUGUCAAUGAUUCGAGAUCUAGAGAAGGACAUGCACGAGGCCAAAACUUCCUCUGAAGAGGGCAAACUCAAGCCACUGCCUGGAGAGACGCUGGAGAAGUGUUCUCAGGAUCUUGGGACCAGCACCAAGGCAGUGAGUUCAGCCAUUGCUCAGUUACUGAGUGAAGCAACCCAGGGCAAUGAAAACUACACAGGUAUGGCAGCCAGAGAUGUGGCUCAGGCACUUAAGUCUCUGGCCUCUGGUGCCCGCGGUGUAGCUGCCACUACAACAGACGUGCCGGCUCGUGGUGCUAUGUUGGACUGUGCUGGAGAUGUCAUGGACAAGUCAGCCAACCUCAUUGAAGAGACCAAGAGGGCAAUUGCUAAGCCUGGGGAUGCAGAGAGUCAGCAGAGGCUUGCCCAGGUUGCAAAGGCAGUGUCCCAGGCCCUGAACAGAUGUGUGAAUUGCCUUCCUGGCCAGAGGGAUGUGGACAAUGCGAUCCGCUCUGUAGGCGAAGCCAGCAAGACACUUCUCUCAGAUUCUUUCCCAUCCAGUGGUAAACCUUUCCCGGAGGUUCAGGCUCACCUGAAUGAGGUGGCAGCUGGUUUGAACCAGUCGGCAAAUGAAGUCGUCCAAGCCUCCCGGGGCACCACCCAAGACUUGGCCAGAGCCACUGGCAAGUUUGGAAAGGAUUUCAGCAACUUCCUCGAGGCCGGAGUUGACAUGGCUGGGACAUCCCAGUCAAAGGAGGAUCAAACUCAGGUUGUGUCCAACCUGAAGACCAUUUCCAUGUCAUCCAGUAAACUUUUGUUGGCUGCCAAAGCUCUGUCAACAGAUCCCAACUCUCCCAAUCUGAAGAACCAACUUGCUAAUGCAGCUAGGGCUGUUACUGACAGUAUCAAUCAACUCAUCACAAUGUGCACUCAGCAAGCCCCUGGUCAAAAAGAGUGUGAUAAUGCUCUUAGAGAGUUGGAGUCUGUGAGAGGGAUGCUUGAAAACCCAACUGAAGCAGUCAACGACAUGUCUUACUUUGACUGUAUUGACGGGGUCAUGGAGAACUCCAAGGUACUUGGUGAGUCUAUGGCAGGUAUUUCCCAUCAUGCCAAGAACUCAAAUUUGCCUGAGUUUGGUGACUCAGUCAGUGCUGGCUCCAAAGCAUUGUGUGGCCUUACAGAAGCAGCAGCACAGGCUGCCUAUCUGGUGGGAGUGUCUGACCCUAAUAGCACUGCGGGCCAGAAGGGUUUGGUGGAUCCUGCUCAGUUCGCCAAGGCCAAUCAGUCCAUUCAAAUGGCGUGUCAAAAUCUGGUGGACCCUGCCUGCACUCAGUCACAAGUGCUUUCUGCAGCCACCAUUGUGGCUAAACAUACUUCAGCAUUAUGCAACGCCUGCCGACUUGCCUCCUCCAAGACACCCAACCCAGUCGCCAAGAGGCAGUUUGUGCAGUCAGCCAAAGAGGUGGCAAACACCACUGCCAACCUUGUCAAGUCUAUUAAGGCUUUGGAUGGAGCCUUUAACCAGGACAACAGAGAAAAGUGUAAGGCUGCUACUGGCCCUCUUAUAGAAGCCGUGGACAACCUCACAGCCUUUGCCUCAAACCCAGAGUUUGCCAGCAUUCCUGCUCAAAUCAGCCCUGAAGGUCAUGCUGCUAUGGAGCCCAUAGUUGCAGCAGCACAAACCAUGCUGGAAAGUUCAACAGGUCUGAUUGAAACUGCCCGUUCUCUGGCUGUCAACCCCAAAGACCCCCCCAAGUGGUCAGUGUUGGCAGGCCAUUCCAGAACUGUGUCGGAUUCUAUCAAGAAGCUUAUUACCAACAUGAGGGAUAAGGCGCCUGGCCAGAGAGAGUGUGAUGAUGCUAUUGAAGUGCUCAACAACUGCAUCCGUGAGGUGGACCAGGCCUCUCUCGCUGCUAUCAGCCAGCAUCUCACACCUCGAGAUGACAUCUCCAUGGAGACUCUUCAUGAGCAGAUGGCGGCUUCAGUUCAUGAAAUAAGUAACUUGAUUGAACCUGUUGCUGUGGCUGCCCGAUCUGAGGCCUCUCAGCUUGGUCACAAGGUUUCUCAGAUGGCUAGCUACUUUGAGCCCCUGAUUAUGGCUGCCAUUGGCACAGCCUCAAAGAUUCUCAGCAGCCAACAGCAGAUGGCUGUUUUAGACCAGACCAAGACCCUCACAGAGUCUGCCCUGCAGAUGCUCUAUACUGCCAAGGAGGCUGGUGGAAACCCGAAGGCAGCACAUAUGCAGGAAGCUCUUGAAGAGUCUGUGCAGAUGAUGAAGGAAGCUGUAGAUGAUCUUGGAGCGACUCUGGCGGAGGCGGCGAGUGCUGCAGGUGCUGUGGGCGGUAUGGUGGAUUCAAUCAAUGACUCCAUCAAUAAAAUGGAAGAAACUCCUGCUCUUGAUCCUGAGGGCACAUUUGUAGACUACCAGACUACCAUGGUUAAAACCGCUAAAGCAAUUGCAGUCACUGUUCAGGAGAUGGUCACAAAGUCUAACACCAACCCUGAUGACCUUGGAGGACUAGCGAACCAACUAACCAAUGAGUUUGGGAAUCUGGCCACAGAAGCUAAAUAUGCAGCUGUCACUGCAGAGAGUGAUGAGAUUGGCCAUCAUAUUAAGAAGCAAGUGGGCGAGCUUGGUUUCAGCUGCACAAGUCUGGUGACAAAGGCAGGAGCUCUGCAGUGCAGCCCUAAUGACUCCUUUACCAAAAAAGAGCUCAUAGAAAGUGCUCGAAAAGUUUCAGAGAAGGUGUCUCAUGUUUUGGCAGCUUUACAGGCAGGUAACCGUGGUACUCAGGCCUGUAUCACAGCUGCCAGUGCCGUAUCAGGGAUUAUCGCAGACCUGGACACCACCAUCAUGUUUGCCACUGCGGGUACUUUGAACAGAGAGAAUGCUGAGACCUUUGCAGACCACAGAGAGUGCAUCUUGAAGACAGCUAAAGCACUGGUUGAGGACACUAAAUUAUUAGUGUCUGGGGCUGGUGCAAGUCAGGAGAAACUCGCCCAGGCAGCCCAGUCCUCAGUGACAACCAUCACUAAAUUGGCAGAUGUGGUUAAACUGGGAGCUGCAAGUCUUGGGUCUGAAGAUCCAGAGACUCAGGUUGUUCUGAUUAACGCCGUCAAAGAUGUAGCUAAAGCUCUCGGAAAUCUUAUUAGUGCAACAAAGGCAGCUGCAGGCAAACCUCAUGAUGACCCUAGCAUGCUUCAAUUAAAGAACUCUGCAAAGGUGAUGGUUACCAAUGUGACAUCACUCCUAAAGACUGUAAAGGCAGUGGAGGAUGAAGCCACUAAGGGCACCAGAGCUUUAGAGGCCACAAUUGAACAUAUUAAGCAAGAGCUGACCGUAUUCAGCAGCUCUGACCCUCCACCAAAGACGACGACACCCGAAGAGUUUAUUCGAAUGACUAAAGGAAUUACCAUGGCAACAGCAAAGGCAGUGGCAGCUGGAAACUCAUGUCGUCAAGAGGACAUCAUUGCCACAGCUAACCUUAGCCGAAGAGCCAUUGCUGAUAUGCUGCACUCCUGCAAGGAGGCUGCCUAUCAUCCAGAGGUCAACAGGGAUGUGCAGAUGAGAGCCCUCCGCUAUGGCAAUGAAUGCGCCACUGGAUAUUUGGGGCUUCUGGAGCAUGUGUUGGUGAUCAUCCAAAAGCCCACGCAUGAUCUGAAGCAGCAGCUGGCCAACUACUCAAAGAAAGUGGCAAACUCGGUCACAGAGCUUAUCCAGGCGGCAGAGGCUAUGAAAGGUACUGAGUGGGUGGAUCCCGAGGAUCCCACUGUUAUUGCAGAAAAUGAACUGCUAGGAGCAGCCGCAGCCAUUGAAGCCGCUGCCAAGAAACUGGAGCAGCUGAGGCCAAGGACCAAACCCAAGGAGGCGGACGAGAGCUUGAACUUUGAGGAACAAAUACUUGAAGCAGCCAAGUCUAUUGCAGCUGCCACCAGUGCCCUGGUCAAAGCUGCCUCAGCCGCGCAGAGGGAGCUGGUGGCACAAGGAAAGGUUGGAGCAAUUCCUGCCAAUGCAGUGGAUGAUGGACAGUGGUCACAAGGCCUUAUUUCAGCUGCUCGUAUGGUUGCGGCGGCAACUAACAAUCUGUGUGAGGCGGCUAACUCUGCAGUCCAAGGCCACGCCAGUGAGGAGAAGCUCAUUUCUUCUGCUAAGCAAGUGGCAGCCUCCACUGCCCAGCUUUUGGUGGCCUGCAAGGUCAAGGCUGACCAGGACUCCCAGACCAUGAAGAGGCUACAGGCUGCUGGAAAUGCUGUGAAGAGGGCAUCUGACAACUUGGUAAAAGCUGCACAGAAAGCAGCUUUUGAAGCCGAGGAUGACCAGGCUGUGGUGGUCAAGAGCAAGAUGGUUGGUGGGAUAGCUCAGAUCAUCGCCGCUCAGGAGGAAAUGUUGAGGAAAGAAAGGGAGUUGGAUGAAGCCAGGAAAAAGCUGGCUAUGAUCCGACAACAGCAGUACAAGUUCCUCCCCUCUGAGCUGCGAGAGGAUGGCGAGGACCAGUGAGCAAGUAUGGGGCAGAGAAAACAUUCAAUGAUGAUCCACGAGACACUGUCCUUUUUCUGCUAUAGACUCUAUGCUUCAACUCAAAAAUAAUGGAUAUGUAAUGGGCAAACCAUGGCUAGAGCGAUUUGAUAAACAAUUAUACAAUGUAAGCAUUAUUCAUUCAUAGAUUGUAUGAACAUAUCUCUGAAAUGUUAACUCUUUCAAAUGUUUUGCAUUAGUGUAGUACUUUUUCUAUUGGAAUUUAUCUCUCUGUGUAAAUGUUUUGAGUAACUCAAUCAGUGCUUUAAUGUUUUAUGCAAAUGAACUAUGCACACAAAAGAAAGUAUUAUUUUAAGACACAGACAGUAACGAUAUUCAGAUUGCAACUUGUCAUACUGUUUGAAAGGUUAAAUUAAAUGACUAUGUUUGUCUAUAUUAGCAAUAAUUAACUAUGCAAUGAAACACCAGAUUGGAAAGUAUUUUUUAAGACUUAUGAAAUAUAUUAAGAGGUUUCUAUAACAUGACAGGCUAAGCAUUUAGUUAGUACAAUGAGCUCUAGAAUAUAAUAAUGUCCCUACAUACAAACCACAAAGCCAUAUAUUUAACUUUAAACUUGUAUUGACUGUCUUUAGGUUAUUAUCGGUGUUUCAUAUACCUACUGUAAUGUUUUACAGUACCACAAGCCUUGUGUAAUGUAAAAGUAAAUGUAUUUGAUUACGUAUGGUUUCUCUGUUAAAAAGUGUACGCCUUAAAGACCAAAAUGCUCCAUUGGAACAAACGAGGCACAUGGCAAAAUGUGUAUUUGUAAAAUGCAGCGCCACAUCAGAGGCAUAAAUCUAAGAUUUCUAUACAAUAAAGACAAUCUUCAUAAA